CUGGAAUCGGUGGGCGUAGCUCAUCCUUUUUUUCUAGAGAGGGAGAAGAAUGGCGCAGAGAAUAUGGAAUCCCAGUACCAAAGACGUUGUUGAGAAAGCGCUGAAAAGGGUGGAGUCGGUAUUAAAACCAAAUUACGUGUCCAAUAAUAUAUACUCCGCGUUCGGUACAUAUAGACUUACUAAAGAUGUGAAAGAGGCGAUGCAGGAUCUCAAGAUAGAGCUGACGUGGAUGAAAUGCUUCCUCCUCACCGGCGAAAGAACCGAGCACGGAAAGGUGGUUGCCGCCGUCUGGUCUUCCGCCAUCGAACUCCUUGCCGGAAGUGAGGUUCAUGGACUUCUAGGCACCGAUGAUCGCUUCCAACCCGUCAUAAUUAACACCACAGAAUUGACCAAAAAUCUUUGCAAAAAGUUUGCUAAUCUUAGACAAAUGAUACAACCUUUUCUCAUUAUGACAUGUCUCUCUCAUGUUACCUUAUCGCCAGGUUCAUGAUUUUCUCCACUUGUUUAAGAAUAUCAUCACAUUGUAUCGUUAAUGGAACAAAUAUGUAUUGAAGGCUACUCUCAACUUGAGAGUCUCAAUUGAGGGAUACCCUGUUUUUAUUGUUUUUCCAUUUUGUCUACUCUGUUAUCUUUCCCUCAUCCUCUUUCAUGUAUCUGUAGCUCUUGACCUUGCUUGUGAUCAUUUCCC